GGGUUGGGCUGGAUCGUCGGAUGGUGAAUUUUGGCGACAUCAGCGCCAUGACAGUUCCAUGAACGUUCGGCAUAAGUAAGGUCGGCUUCGUAUCCCGGUAGUCCGCCAUUUCUGGCGUGCUUGCGGCUAAUACGGUUGGCGUAUCAUCCGGCUUCGUCUUAAAGCUUUCAUCCCGAGAUCUUUCAUUCUGGAAGUCAAGAAAGUCUCUCGUUGCUAAUUAUGGCCCGAAGUCGAAAGGAUAGUACAGGCAAGAGUGACUCCGAAGCUACAGACAAAGAGAAUAAGAAGGAGAGAGGUAGAGAGAAAGAACGGAAAAAACGAGCGGCUUCUUCUUCCAGUAGUGGUUCAAGCUCAUCAGAUAGCAGUUCUGGAUCUUCGAGUUCUAGCAGUGGCAGCAGUUCCAGAUCAAGCUCUUCUUCUAGUAGCUCAUCCAGUAGUUCACCUAGCUCUUCAGCCAGUUCCAGAGAUCGAGGAAGAAAAAGAAGUCGUAGCAAAAGCGCUGAUGCUUCACGCAGACAUGACAAUAAGGAAAAGGAAAGAGAAAAAGAAAGAGAAAGGGAAAGGGAUAGAGACAAGGACAGAGACCGUGAUAAGGAAAGGAAGAAGGGAAACAAUACUGUUCCUGAAAAAGCUAAACAAAAAGGACGAUCCAGAUCUCCUUCUCCUCGUAGGAAGCGUAGGGAACGUUCACCGAUUCCUAGACCAACAAAAAUACAUAUUGGUCAUCUAACACGGAAUGUUACCAAAGAUCAUGUCAUGGAGAUAUUUUCGACAUAUGGCCAAAUAAAGAUGGUCGACUUUGCAUUGGAUAAGCUUCAUCCGAAUCAAGGAAGAGGAUUUGCUUAUGUCGAAUUUGAAACUGCAGAUGAAGCCGAAAAUGCCAUGAAACAUAUGGAUGGAGGACAAAUAGAUGGACAAGAAAUCACGGCUGCUCCAGUAUUAUUACCGAAGCCUCGACCGUUACCAAUGCGACGCAUGUCUCCGGGUAUGGGAAGACGCGCACCACCGCGAUGGGGAGGUGGUGGUAGAAACACACCGCCACGUUAUCGCAGACGUUCACCGCUUAUGAAUCGUCGUAGAAGUCCGAGACCACCACGGCGUAGAAUAAGAACUCGAUCACGGAGUCCACCAGGAAACCCACGACAUCGACAUCGUCGUUACACAAGGUCCAGCUCGAGUAGUUCUCGAUAACAGUUUUUAUCGCGAUGUGUAUAUAUAUAUAAAAGAUAUCGAACUGAACGUGAUCAACAUUGUCGUAUAGUUGAAUUAUUGCACUUCAAAAAACUAAUGUGUAACGAUUUCGUUUUAAUAAUGAUAAGAUACGUUUACCAAUGAAGAUCAUAAACUUGUUUAUAAAUAUCAUAAUAGUUUUAUGUUUCGAAAAGCACACUUUUGAAAUAUACUAAUUUUGCAACAUGUAUUGAUGGUCUUUCGUAGUUACACCUCAAGUUAUUAUAAACUAUUUAACACCUCAAGUUAUUAUAAACUUAUUGUAACAUUUACAUCAUUC